CAUCGAUCAACCCUUGCUAUCAGCUGUUAGGCUUUGGCAGACGUCGGUACUUUGCUCCUGUUUUCAUCAGCAAAUACACAAACAAUUCCAACGAUAGGCCAAUAAGAAUCUCCGGGAAAGCUUCUAAAUUCCAGUUCGACCAAAUCGCAUCGUCAAUUCCAACAUGAAGGAGAUAAUUUCAUUCAUGUUCGAGACUUUCCUCACACUGAAAAUGUUGCUCGUUCUGUUUCUCUGCAUACUGACAAUCUUAACUAUUGUUGUACCCGCAAUGCUAGUGUUGCUGAGACUCAAAUACUGCAUAUACAAAGCAAAGGCGAAUCCCAAGAAGCUCAAGGUGGCUUUCUUCCAUCCGUACUGCAAUGCUCUAGGUGGUGGAGAGAAAGUGCUUUGGGUGGCGAUACAAACACUCCAGAAGAGGUAUCCAACUGCUGAGAUCUCUGUCUUUACCGGGGACGUCGAGGCAACGCCCUCCGAGAUUCUGCAGAGAGUCGCCAGUAAUUUGAACGUUAAGGUUGACCCGAAAGUCAAGAUUGUUUAUCUGCACAAGAGGUCGGGUUUGGAGGCGGCCAGAUAUCCGAUACUGACGCUUCUCGGACAAGCUUUGGGAUCGAUAUGUUUGGCCUUCGAGGCUCUGGGACAACUCAAUCCGGACAUCUUCAUCGAUACCACCGGGUUCUCCUUCACCCUCCUGGUGUUCAAGGUCAUCGCUGGAUGCAAGACCGCGUCCUACGUUCAUUAUCCGACAAUAACCACAGAUAUGAUCGAGAAGGUCUCUAGUCGUAGAUCCAUGUACAAUAAUCGAAGCUACAUCGCCAAAAGCCCUUUCUUAACAUACGGAAAACUGGUUUAUUACAGAAUGUUCGCUGCGGCCUACUCGUUCGCCGGGCAAUUCUGCGAUUUGACCAUGGUGAACUCGACUUUUACCAUGGAACAUUUGACCGUCCUUUGGAAUAAACCCAUGCAUCUGAUCUAUCCUCCUUGCGACGUAAGUCAUCUGGUGAAGCUACCCAAGGAUGAAGCUAAGAAGGCGAACAUCCGGAUACUCUCCCUCUCUCAAUUCCGUCCCGAAAAGGAUCAUCCGUUACAGCUGCAAGCUCUGUACGAGCUUCGCGAAUUGAUUCCAGACCAACUCUUCGCCAACGUGACUUUGGUGAUGUGCGGCGGCUGCCGCAACGAGGACGACAAGAAGCUCGUCAAGGAUCUCGUCGAUCUCAGCAAGCAUCUCAGCUUGGAGAACAACGUCGAGUUUAAGGUGAACAUAAGCUAUCAAGAUCUGCUCAAAGAACUGGAGUACGCUCAGAUCGGCAUACACACCAUGAUCGACGAGCAUUUCGGGAUCAGCGUCGUCGAGCAGCUGGCCGCCGGUCUGAUGACCGUCGCUCACAGAUCGGGUGGUCCUCUUCUGGAUAUUAUCGAGACUUCGGAAGGAUCCAGAUUGGGUUUCUUGGCUGUCACUCCAUUGGAAUACGCUCACACUUUGAAGACUAUCCUGGAGAUGGAAGAGGUGGCGAUUAUGGGUAUCAGGGAGAGGGCCAGAGCCUCCGUGGAUCGCUUCUCCACCAAGAAAUUCGAAGCAGAGAUCUUGAGGGCCGUGGAGCCGCUCUUCCAAUAUUGAGACUUCAAUUUCUUUUUACACACUGUUAUUUUCUAAAUGUAAUUUAUAUAAUUUAUUAGCUUUGGAAUGCAUGCAUGUUUUUUUUUCGCUACCUUCCAACGACUGUAUUUAUUUCCAGUUUUGUAUAUCUUUUUAAAAAAUGUAAUGGAAACUAUAUAAAUCGAA